AUGAGUAUUGUAAAUGAACAUUAUUGGACACCUAAAAAGGGAAGAGAACUUGCUAUAAAGUAUGAGAAGUUAAUUUUUUUAAUAUCAUUGUUAUAUAUACCUGCAAUAUUUAUUUUACAAAGAUUCAUGAAAAAAAGAAAAGAAAUAGAAGCAAAAGUUUGUAAAGUUAUUUGGAAUUUAACAUUGUCAUUUUUAUCUUUUGUUGGUGUGCUACUAAUAAUAAUAUAUGACAAAACUAUUUUAAAAUUCUUAAUAGUAGAAGAAACUGAAUAUAGCCCCGAGACAAGAGCAGUUAUAACUAUAUUUACAUUGACAAAGUUUAUUGAAUAUGGGGAUACACUAUUUUUAAUUCUAAAAAAAAAAAAAUUAACAUUUUUGCAUAGCUACCAUCAUUUAAGUGUCGUUAUUUAUUGUUUAUAUUCACAAAAAGAAUUAGUUUCACACGCGCAUUAUUUUGUCUUUUUUAAUUUGAUUGUUCAUAGCAUUAUGUAUUUUUAUUUUGGUUUUAUAUAUAUUUUACCAAAAAUUGUUAUUAAAAUGAGAAAGUUUAUUACAUGUUUACAAAUAUUUCAAAUGUUUGUAGGAAUUUUUAUCUCAUAUUAUGCUAUAAAACAUGUAGAUAAUCCAGUUUACGUGAAUAAUGCGAUUGCAAGCUUUACUUUAUAUUUAACUUACGCAUUUCUGUUUUUAAAUUUUUAUUUUAACAAUUAUUACAGAAAUAUAAAAAGUAAUGUUGCUACCUAUCUAAUAAGUAUUCAUAUAUUAGGAAUUAUUGGAUUUAUAAUGAUAUGUAAAAGCAAAGAUAUUCUGAGAUUAUUUAUUGAAGUAUCAGUUGGAUGCGUUUUCACUCUGACAUUAUUAAAUUUUUCUUUUUACUUUAAUAAGCAUUAUUAUCAAAAUAUAAAAAGCAAAAUAUCUGAAAAAAAUUUUAUUGAGGAAACAGAUCUUUUCAAUAAAUACAAAAAAAGAUAUUAUUCGAAUAUGGCUCUUUUAAAAAAAAUUACUAUAAAUAUGAUUAAAACUGGUUUAUUAUGCUUUAAUGGAUUAGCUACCUAUGCACAUGAUAAUAUAUUUCUUUUUGUAAAUUUCUAUUCAGAAAAAAUUAAAAGAAUUGCAAAUGAUUCAAUAAUAGAUAACUCUAAUAAAAAAGUAAAUAAUAACGAAAUGAAUGAUAUUUCGUCAACAAAAUCUUUACCAAACGAUGAUUUGAAAAAAAAGAGAAAAAAAACAUUCUUUACUUUUUAUACAUCAUUAAAAGAUCUUUACAAUUCAUCAAUCAUAUCAUAUAUAAUAUCAAAAUCACCAAUUGAAAACAUUUCUAUAAAUUUAGAAAAUAUGAAAACAGAUCAAUCAAGUAUCAAAGGUAAUUUUAGUUUUCUUUAUAUAAUAAAACAAAUCAUUCAAAAUUAUUUAUUUUACAUUGUAUGUUUAAUAUUGCCAAUAUAUUACGGAUUAAAGGUCUAUAAUGAUGCCUUAUUAGGUUUAUGUGUACACGGGGCUUUAAGGUGGUUAAUUGAACUUUAUUCAACAAAAAUAUUUAAUAAAACUCAAAAACUAAAAUUUUAUUAA